CGGUGCGCGAGGGGAGGGGCUCCGCGGCGCCCGCUCCCGCUCCCGCGGCGCGGCGCUGACGGCCGAGUGACACGCCGGCCUCAGUCCGCCCGCCGCUGAGCCCACACGUGUGCGUGGAGUGACAGUUGCAGGUCGAGCGCACUGAGUGCCCGGCGCGGUGCCACCGCCUGGGCGGCCGAGCCCUCGGGGUUAGCGAGGCCCCUGUAGAUGAGGCUGUGGCCGUCACUGGCCUGCUCAGAGGUCAGCGUUGCUGGUCCUGCAGCCCAGCCCAGCUCUGCGGAAAACUGAGAUCCUUCUUGAUAACAGCAUUUCUUGAAUGGCUGUUGAUGGUGGGUGUGGGGACACUGGAGACUGGGAAGGUCGCUGGAACCAUGUAAAGAAGUUCCUCGAGCGAUCUGGACCCUUCACACACCCUGAUUUCGAACCAAGCACUGAAUCUCUCCAGUUUUUGUUAGAUACAUGUAAAGUUCUAAUCAUUGGAGCUGGUGGCUUAGGAUGUGAGCUCCUGAAAAAUCUGGCUCUGUCUGGUUUUAGGCAGAUUCAUGUUAUAGACAUGGACACGAUAGAUGUUUCCAAUCUAAAUAGGCAGUUUUUAUUUAGGCCUAAAGAUGUUGGAAGACCUAAGGCUGAAGUUGCUGCAGAAUUUCUAAAUGACAGGAUUCCUAAUUGCAAUGUGGUUCCACACUUCAACAAGAUUCAAGAUUUCAAUGACACUUUCUAUCGACAAUUUCAUAUUAUCGUGUGUGGACUGGACUCCAUCAUAGCCAGAAGAUGGAUUAAUGGAAUGCUGAUAUCUCUCCUAAACUAUGAAGAUGGUGUAUUGGAUCCGAGCUCCAUCGUCCCUCUGAUAGACGGGGGCACAGAAGGUUUCAAAGGCAAUGCUCGGGUGAUCCUGCCUGGGAUGACUGCUUGCAUCGAGUGCACGCUGGAGCUCUAUCCUCCACAGGUUAAUUUUCCCAUGUGCACCAUUGCAUCUAUGCCCAGGCUACCAGAACAUUGUAUUGAGUAUGUAAGGAUGUUGCAGUGGCCUAAAGAGCAACCUUUUGGAGAAGGGGUUCUAUUAGAUGGAGAUGAUCCUGAACAUAUUCAAUGGAUUUUCCAAAAAUCUCUAGAGAGAGCAUCACAAUAUAAUAUUAGGGGUGUUACAUAUAGACUCACCCAAGGGGUGGUAAAACGAAUCAUUCCUGCUGUUGCUUCCACAAAUGCAGUCAUUGCAGCUGUGUGUGCCACUGAGGUUUUUAAAAUAGCUACAAGUGCAUACAUUCCCCUUAAUAAUUACUUGGUAUUCAAUGACGUAGACGGGCUGUACACUUACACAUUUGAAGCAGAGAGAAAGGAAAACUGCCCAGCUUGUAGCCAGCUUCCUCAGAACAUUCAGUUUUCUCCAUCAGCAAAACUGCAGGAGGUUUUGGAUUAUCUAACUAAUAGUGCUUCUCUGCAGAUGAAAUCUCCAGCUAUUACAGCCACGUUAGAGGGGAAAAACAGAACACUUUACUUACAGUCAGUAACCUCUAUUGAAGAACGAACAAGGCCAAAUCUUUCCAAGACAUUGAAAGAAUUAGGACUCGUUGAUGGACAAGAACUGGCAGUUGCUGACGUCACAACACCACAGACUGUAUUAUUCAAACUUCAUUUUACUUCUUAAGGAGAAUAAAUCUGCACAUAAUAGAACACUUAGGGAAAUAAGAUACUUCAUGGAUGCUAAGAAAUUUUAUUGAUGUCAUUUUUAGCAUUAGUGUUGCUGGGAAUUGAUUUUUUUUUUUUUUAAUAUAAUGAACUACACUUUUUUAACUUGGUAACUUACAUUGAAGACAGAAUUUUGGGGUUGGUGCUUAUAAGUGACUUCGUAAUAUGGGAAAUGAUGCCUGGAGGGAGAGGAUACCUGAACUAAAGGAGUUGCUUCUUUUGGAGGAGGAGGCAGAUGCCAUCCUGUGAGUAGUUAUUUUGCUUGAAGAAAACACUCCUUGGCUUUCACUUGAGCGCCGCAUAUAGAGGACAACCUUCAAGGAAAUAAGGAAUUCAGUUUUAAGUAACAUUACAGCCUGACAUCUAGAGUAUCCUAAACAUAGCCUAUUUCUUGAUUUAAUGCUUAUCUCACUGUGGCUAUCCAAAUGAAUAUUUAAUUAUUGCAUUUUAUCUUGUCCAUAAUAAUUUGUAAACAGUGUUAUAACUGAAUACUUGUGCAUGAAAAUAGGAACUAUUUUCAUGUAUUUAUUUGCAGUGCCACAGAGGCCAAUAUGCACAGAUUUAAGCCAGGACAUGGCUGUUUAAAAAAUUUAAUGUUUAAACAGUUAUCGCUGAUGCUUUUGCACUAUUUAUUAAUAAAAUCAUACAUUGCCUUC